GGCUCCAGGAUUCUGCAGCGAAGGGCCUCUACGUGGCUUGCAUCUGUUGCCGAGGGGGGGAAAUGGCUAUGGCUAUAGAAUGCGCCUGGCCGAUCGUGGAAACGGGCCAUUGAAGCAAGCUGCCAGGGGGGGUUCAUGGAUGUCUACACCAGUCGGUGAGCCGAGUGUGCUGGAUGUGAGGGGCCAUCGAAUUCAAACGAGGCUUCAAAUGGUUGUUGGAGCUUGAGGUCUUUUGAGUGAAGGGUCAGGGUUCAGGGAAGGUUUGUUGCAGAGCAUUGACGCUCCGUGUGUCAGUGCGGGUGCGCGAGGCGGAGGCGAUGGCGGGAAACGAUUGCUUGACGCGCGUUGUGGCUGGCGUUGGAAUUGGAGGAGCAGUCGGGGGCGCUUUCGGGGCAGUUUUCGGCACUUACGAGGCCUUUCGGUAUAGGAUCCCUGGCAUGCUCAAGGUGCGGCAUGUUGGCCAGACUACGCUGGGGAGUGCUGCUGUGUUUGGAUUGUUUUUAGGAGCGGGCAGUUUGAUACAGUGUGGCAAGAAUUAUUAGUGUCUAUGCAGCAGGAUGUGCUGGGCUGAAGAUUGCUAGUUAGUUACCUGAAUAAGGCUUUGGGUCAGUUAGCGUUAGGAGCGACUCUCGCUUGAAUCGAACUAGAGGUGACCCUUGAUGUGCUGAAGCUAUUCCUCUGAACUGAUGGCAGCCGGGAAUUAACUUCAUCUAAGCACGGUGAGGUAUUAGUAGCCCUGAUAAUUAGGACGUUUGCUAAAGAUGGUUAAUGAAGUUUUGCAAUUGACUCCCGUCAAUUGCAAUUUUCUGCUAUUUUGUCUACGGAGAUGGGUUGAUGAGUACUAAUAAAAAAAUUCACAUAUUUAUAUUCGGAA